GUGGGGGGGGUGGGGGCCAAAAAAAAAAAAAGAAAAAUCCCAUCUGCAUCCCAAGAAGAAAGUUGCUCCUCCAUUUGUUCUGCACCAGACACUCGCCUGCGAUCGAGAUGUCUUGCGCUUUAGUAGCAGUUAUACUUUAUUGGCAGAUUGGAGAUACAGUCACAGCGCGAUUGAUUUCUAAACCAAACCUCCUCACUCCUAAACUCAGCCUUAGAGCUAUGCAGCAUAUCAUCAAUGUUAACCAGACACUGCAGGUGACUUGCAGGGGAUCGGCACCAAUAUCAUGGUCUUGGCCAAAUCAUAUCGUUAAUGGAAGUGAAAAACUACGUAUCAUUCACUUCAGCUGUGAGGAUAAUGACAGACUCUUCUGUAGUAACCUGACUUUAAAUAAAGCUCUGGGUCAAGACACAGGAUAUUAUUCCUGCAACACCAUAUCUUCAAACUCCAGCUUAUCUGGGAAAGAAAAGACUCAAAUCUAUAUAUUUGUCAAGGAUGAGAACAGUCCGUUCGUGAAUCCACACACACAAAUCCCUCAAGCCGUGCACAUGAGCAACGGGAAGAAGCUAGUAAUUCCAUGCAGGGUCACAGCACCAGACCUCAAAGUCUCACUGAAGAUGUUUUCCUCAUCCUCCACCGUUGAUGGGAAGGAGAUUAAAUGGGACAGCAAACUUGGCUUCGUUAUUCCCAGACCCACAUACAAAUUUAUUGGUCUGCUGACGUGUGAAACGACUAUGAAUGGGAGGACGUUUCAAUCUUUUUAUUUAACAUUCAGACAGGUUCAUAACAUCAAGAAAAUCCAUCUCAAUGCGACUAGUCCACUCAAAAUGGUGAGCGGAGAAACUCUCGCUCUCAUGUGUACAGUGACUACAGGCCUGAACACAAGGAUUCAGUUUAUCUGGGACUACCCUGGCAAGGAAAACAGAAGUGCUUCAACAACACAAAAAAUUGACCGAACCAAUCCCAGGGUCAAUAAAUUCUACAGUGUCCUUGUCGUGGACAGAGUGUCCACAUCGGACAAAGGGAGCUACAAGUGUAAAGUACGGAGUGGACCUGCAGUGAAGGAAAAGAAGAUAAAAGUUAUUGUUUAUGAAAAGCCAUUCAUCAGUGGUCGGUGCAGAAAGCCAUGUCGCACUCAAGCAACUGCUGGUCAGAGGGUGUAUCGUUUUCCAAUAAAAGUCAAAGCAUUCCCGCCUCCGGAGGUCUUAUGGCUAAAGGAUGGAUUACCUCUUACUGAAAUAUCUGCACGCUAUAAAGUUGCUGGCGGACGAUUGACUAUAAGAGAUGUUUCAGAAGAGGAUGCUGGCAGUUAUACUAUGAUGCUGAGGCUUAAACGAUGGAAUCUUUACAAGAAUAUUACUCUCUCCCUCAGUGUAAAUGUCAAACCACAUAUAUGUGAAAAGGCACUGUUCCUUCAGGAUCUUGAUCUCUACCCACUGGGCAGCAAACAGACUCUGUCAUGCACUGCCUAUGGCAUCCCCCUUCCUAGAAUUCUAUGGGUAUGGCAACCUUGUGCCCCAAAUAAUUCAAAAGCACAGUGUGAAAUACACUCGGGGACUGGGAGCAGCAUUGUAUUAUUAGAUACAGAAGACAACGGCAACAUCAGUAGCAACAACAGGGGCAAUGUGAGUGGAAACAGAAUUUCCAGCAUCAACGAAAGAGCCAAAUUAGUAGAAGGAAAAUAUAAGACUUUUAGCACCUUGGUGGUGGCUGAAUCGAAUGUGUCUGGGGUUUAUCAUUGUGUGGCUUCAAACAAAGUUGGGAGAGAUGAAAGGAACAUUAGCUUUUAUAUCACAGAUAUACCCAAUGAAUUUGGAUUUGACGUUGGCACAGAACAAGAUGUAGUCCCCACUGAAGGAGAUGACCUGACCCUAUUCUGCCGGGCAAAUCAAUUUUUAUACUCCAAAAUUGCUUGCCGAUUUCUGAGUGAGGACAACCGUACUGCAUUUCAGCUCAGCAGCCCAAAUCAAGUAAAGACUGGACUGUAUUCAAUUGCUUUGUACUUUACCAUCAAGAAUGUCUCUCAGGAUCAGUCUGGAAUCUAUGAAUGUACAGCCAGGAACAUUAUCACUCAGGAGAUUGUCCAUCAGAAGAAACAUGUCUACGUUGAAGCACAAGAAGCUCCAUUCUUGCUGCGGAACUUGAGCAAACAGGAGGUGAACAUCAGUAGCUCGAUUACCCUGGAGUGUCAGGUGGGGGGAAGACCGGCACCUCAGAUCACCUGGUACAAGAACGAGCAAUACUUGAAUGUAGAAUCAGGUAUUAUCCUGGGACCAGGAAGCAGAAUGCUAAUUAUUGAAAGAGUCAAAGAGGAGGAUGAAGGGCUCUAUCAGUGCCAAGCCUCAAACAGGAAAGGCUUUGUGGAGACUUCUGCUUACAUCACAGUCCGAGGAUCAACUGAGAAAUCAAACCUGGAACUGAUAACUCUGACAUGUACAUGUCUAGCUGCUGCACUCUUCUGGCUCCUUCUGACUCUUCUCAUUCGUAAGCUCAAAAAGCCUAGCUCUGCUGAGAUAAAAAAUGACUAUCUGUCAAUCAUAAUGGAUCCGGAUGAAGUGCCUCUUGUUGAACAAUGUGAAUAUCUUCCUUAUGAUGCCAGCAAAUGGGAAUUUCCCCGGGACAGACUGAAGCUAGGUAAAGCUCUUGGUCGUGGCGCAUUCGGGAAGGUGGUGGAAGCUUCAGCUUUUGGUAUCAACAAAUCGGCCAUGUGCAAAACUGUUGCCGUUAAAAUGCUGAAAGAGGGGGCCAUAGACAGUGAAUAUAAAGCAUUAAUGUCAGAAUUGAAGAUCUUGAUCCACAUUGGAAACCACUUGAAUGUGGUGAAUCUGUUGGGAGCGUGCACCAGGCAUGGAGGGCCUCUACUGGUAAUUGUCGAAUACUGUAAAUAUGGGAAUCUCUCCAACUACCUCAAGAGCAAGAGAAAUAACUUUGUACUGCACAAGGAGAAAACUCUGCAGCCAGAUCAAAAUGGAGAGAAGACUCACAUAGAACAAACAGAGAGUAAAAAGCAAAGGCUGGCAAGUGUCACAAGCUCUGAGAGCUCCACCAGCUCUGGCUUUGAUGAAGAUAAGACUGUGAGUGAUGUUGAAGAGGAAGAGGAGGAUGCUGAUGAUUUGUUCCACCAACCAAUCACCAUGGAGGACCUGAUCAGCUACAGUUUCCAGGUGGCUCGAGGCAUGGAGUUUCUGGCUUUGAGAAAGUGCAUCCACCGAGACCUGGCAGCCAGAAAUGUCCUUUUAUCUGAGAACAAUGUGGUAAAGAUCUGUGACUUUGGACUUGCACGAGAUAUUUAUAAGGACCCGGAUUAUGUACGAAAGGGAGAUGCAAGGCUCCCUCUCAAAUGGAUGGCCCCGGAAUCCAUUUUUGACAAGGUCUACAAUACUCAAAGUGAUGUCUGGUCUUUCGGAGUAUUACUGUGGGAAAUAUUUUCUUUAGGAGCAUCACCAUACCCAGGGGUCCAGAUCGAUGAGGACUUCUGCAGAAGAUUAAAGGAAGGCACUAGGAUGAGAGCCCCAGAAUAUUCAACUCCAGACAUUUACCAAACAACACUUGACUGCUGGCACAGUGAUCCCAAAGACCGGCCCACUUUCUCUGAGCUUGUGAGACGACUUGGAGAUUUACUGCAGGCAAAUGUUCAACAGGAUGGAAAGGAUUACAUUCCGCUGAACACCAUGGUGGUAUCAAAUAGUGUUCACUGUUCAGUUCCUGCAUCUGUAGCCUCAUGCUUAAGAGAUGGAGUGGAGAAUGCAACGUUUAAUUCUGAACGAACAGGAAGUUUUGGGUAUAUCAACACUUGUAUGAAGAAGCAAACUUGGACUUUAAAGACAUUCGAAGAGCUGCAACCUGAGCUUAUGCCUUCGAGUGAUGAUUAUCAAACUGACAGUGGGAUGGUUUUAGCUUCGGAAGAGAUGAGGCAUCUAAUGUGGUUGGAGAGCAAAGCAAGCAUCUCUCAGUCUUUUGGGUUGAAAGCAUCAGCCAAGGAGAUGAUGUUCUCUGAAGCUGUCAAUCGGUCAAGCAGUUGCAGUUCCAGUCAACAUUAUGGAAGCGGUGGCAAUCAAACAUGUGAGAAUUUGGGUCAGCUCAAUACAUCUGAGCCAAAGAUCAAUUGCUGCACUCCACCACCUAACUAUAACUCCCCGCUCUUCUAUACCCCACUGCCAAUUUAAGGAAAGGAUAUUUCACUCAAAGUACAGAACAGAAAAUCCAUACAUUCCACAGGUUGCAGAAUACCUCCAUUAACAAGUUCUCUUUACUGCUCUUGCCAGUGUUAAAGCAUAAGUGUACCAUUCCCUUGUAGCAAUUGCAUGUGAAGUGUAGCCAGUACUGAUGCAUUAACAUCAAGUGUAAUAAAACCAGCCUGAGAGAGGGAGCGGCCGGGGGUAUAGAAGUAUGUAGUGUUCAUGAAAGUAAGACAAUGGUGGAAAUGGAAUCCAAUUUCUCUUUUCACCUAGCGAACAUGUAUAGCAUUUCCAGGUCAGAUGUGGUGCAGCUCAGAUGCAGUUUACACCUCUCUACAGUCUCGAACAAUAAGGCUUUAACUGAACUGUAUAAGAGCCCCUUGACAGUGCAAGUAUGACUUUUUCAUUUUCUACACAAGCAAUUAAAUUAAAUGAAAGAUGACGCACACCGUUGGCGCAUUAUUGGGAGAUGCAGGGAAGGUUGUUGAGGGUUUCACUGUAUGAAAAAUGGGAAUGGAAAUAGCACUAGAUCAGGAGGUGAGCAGAGGAGAAUCUGGGUAGAUGAUGUAAUGAAAUAAAUCCCCACAUAUCAGGAUCUGGGUAGAGAUCAGGAAGUAUGAGGUGCACCAGUCACUAGUGGAGUGGAAAAGAGACAUAAAUAGGUAAGUCACUGACCAUCUUUAGGGCUUGUGUGAGUUUCAUUAUCUGACUACUGCCACAUUAUAGCCAGCUUUUUGAUGUGGAACCAUGACGUCUGGGUGGUCUAAUGUCAUUUCACUAUCAGCUUUAUCACCACUUUACAUUCAAAUAACUGUGUACUUUGAUAGAUUGUUUUAGUGCUUUACACUGUAUUUUGAAAAUUUCCUCAUUAAGUAUAUGAAAAAUAACCGGCUGUCAACAUCACCAAACUCAGUUACUCAAUCUAUGUCAAUGAAAUGUGAAUGUUUGGUGAUGGGAAACAAUAUAUCUUUAUUGCCAUCCACUGGAUUUGAAAUGUAUUACUCCAUAUAAAUUGAUAAUAGGGCAAACUGAAAUAUUGUAUGAAUGAAUAUAUCUAAUAUUGACUAUUUAGGCACUGUAUUUACUUUUUGUAUAAUUUUGUAUUCACCCAUAAUGGACAUUGUAUCUAAGAUGUAUAUAACUAAUAAAA